CGGUUCCUCCUUUUCUCUUGAAUAAACCCCUAAACCGAAAUAAAACCUAAAACCCUAAUCUAUCACCACCUCCCGCACAUCAACCAACCUGCACACAACAACAACAAACAAUGGGGAUAUUCGAACCUUUUCGUGCAAUCGGGUACAUAACCAGCAGCGUUCCGUUCUCCGUUCAAAGAUUGGGCACCGAGACCUUCGUUACAGUCAGCGUCGGCAAAUCAUGGCAGAUUUACAACUGUGCCAAGCUCAGUCUCGUUCUCGCUGGUCCUCAACUUGCAAAAAAGAUUCGUGCUCUCGCAUCUUAUCGUGACUAUACAUUUGCUGCAUAUGGGAAUGAUAUUGGCGUAUUCAAGCGUGCUCAUCAGGUGGCUACAUGGAGCAGCCAUAAUGCUAAGGUGAACUUGUUGCUUCUAUUCGGAGAACACGUCCUUAGUGUCGAUGUAGAAGGAAACAUUUUCAUAUGGGCCUUCAAAGGAAUCGAGGAAAAUCUCUCUCCAGUUGGACAUAUUUUGCUAGAUAGUAAAUUCACUCCAAGCUGUAUCAUGCAUCCUGACACUUACUUAAACAAGGUGAUUCUUGGAAGUCAAGACGGUUCACUUCAACUUUGGAAUAUCAACACAAAGACAAAAAUUUAUGACUUUUUAGGCUGGAAUUCAUCUAUACAUUGUUGUGUUUCUUCUCCUGCUUUAGAUGUUGUUGCUGUUGGUUGUGCUGAUGGAAAGAUUCAUGUGCACAAUAUUCUUGUUAAUGAAGAAAUUGUUACUUUUAGUCAAUCCACUCGAGGUGCUGUGACCUCUUUAUCCUUCAGAACAGAUGGUCAACCCCUUCUAGCAUCUGGAAGUUCAUCUGGUGUCAUAAGCAUAUGGAAUCUUGAAAAGAAAAGACUCCAAUCCGUUAUUAGAGACGCACACGACAGCUCUGUGAUUUCAUUGCAUUUCUUUGCAAAUGAACCCGUGCUAAUGAGUACAUCAGCAGACAACUCUAUAAAGAUGUGGAUUUUUGACACAACUGACGGUGAUCCUCGUUUGCUAAGGUUUCGAAGUGGGCAUAGUGCACCUCCUCUAUGUAUAAAGUUCUAUGCUAAUGGGAGACAUAUUCUGUCUGCCGGCCAAGAUCGUGCUUUUCGUCUAUUUUCUGUUGUUCAGGAUCAACAAAGUAGAGAGCUUUCUCAACGUCAUGUAACAAAAAGAGCAAAGAAACUCAAAGUGAAGGAAGAAGAAAUAAAAUUGAAGCCUGUGAUUGCAUUUGAUGUUGCUGAAAUUAGGGAACGGGAUUGGUCCAAUGUAGUUACAUGUCAUAUGGACACACCACAUGCGUAUGUUUGGAGGCUACAGAAUUUUGUUCUUGGUGAGCAUAUCCUCACACCUACUACAGAUAUUCAAGCUCCAGUCAAGGCCUGCGCUAUCAGUACAUGUGGCAGCUUUGCUAUAAUCGGCACAGCAGCUGGUUGGAUCGAAAAAUUUAAUCUUCAAUCAGGCUUGAGCCGGGGGUCUUAUGUUGACGCUUCAGAAAAAGGAAACUCUGCUCAUGAUGGAGCGGUGGUUGGUGUAGCAUGUGAUUCAACGAAUUCGCUAAUGAUUAGUGCUGGAUAUAAUGGGGAUAUAAAAGUUUGGAGUUUUAAAGGGCGUGAGCUGAAGUCAAAGUGGGAAAUUGGGUGCACUGUGGUUAAGAUUGUUUACAAUCGUUCUAAUGGUCUCUUGGCUACUGUUACGGAUGAUUUAGUUAUCCGUAUGUUUGAUGUUGUUGCAUUAAAACUGGUUAGGAAGUUUGAAGGUCACACCGACAGAAUCACCGACAUUUGUUUUAGCGAGGAUGGAAAAUGGCUGAUGUCAUCAAGUAUGGAUGGCACUCUCAGGAUAUGGGACGUCAUUUUAGCAAGACAGAUUGAUGCAAUACAUGCUGAUGUACCUAUAACUGCUUUAUCGUUGUCCCCAAACAUGGAUGUUUUGGCAACUACUCAUGUUGAUCAGAAUGGAGUUUAUCUUUGGGUAAAUCAGGCAAUGUUUUCCGGGGCCACAAAUAUCGAUUCUUAUGGAAGUGGGAAGGAAGUAGUGAACGUAAAGUUGCCUUCCGUCUCAUCUGGAGGAGAUUCUAAAGACGAUGUUGAUUCCGAUAAGCCCGUUUCAACCGACCCUCAGGCCCAGGCCCAGCCUGUAACUCACACUCCACUGCUCGAUCAACAAAUCCCAGAUCUAGUCACACUUUCAUUGCUCCCGAAGAGCCAGUGGCAAAGUUUGAUCAAUCUGGAUAUCAUAAAGGCCCGCAACAAGCCCAUUGAGCCUCCAAAAAAGCCCGAAAACGCACCUUUCUUUUUACCUUCUAUUCCAUCUCUCUCUGGAGAGAUAGUAUUUAAGGCGGGUGAACCAAUGGAUGAAGAAAAGCCGACACACGAUGAUAAAUUUACCCGAUUUACAGAUUUGCCCUCGUCACCUUUUGUACAGUUUCUGCAGUCGUCUGUUGAGACGAAAAAUUUUGAGGCGUUUACGGAUUAUCUCAAAAGUUUAUCUUCUUCAACAUUGGAUGUGGAACUAAGGAUGCUUCAGAUUAUCGAUGAUGAUGAUGAACAAGAACCUGAAAAGAGACCGGAGUUGAUUACCCUUGAACAGUUACUCGACUAUUUUAUACAUGAAAUCUCACACAGAAACAACUUCGAGUUCAUACAGGCUCUGAUUCGGUUGUUCUUGAAGAUACAUGGUGAAAGUAUAAGAAGGCAAUCCAAGCUACAAGCCAAGGCACAGAAGCUUCUAGAAGCUCAAUCUGCUGUUUGGCAGAAGUUGGAUGGAUUGUUUCAGAGUGCCAGAUGCAUGGUCACAUUUCUUAGUAACUCACAGUUUUGAUCACAUAUCGGCUUUUUGUGCGGCUUUGAGAGGAAAAUGACAACGAUACCAGCAGGAUUCAAACUCGAGCCUGUGCUAAAAAGUAAACAAUUAUACCGGUUUCAAAGAGUUUAUCCUCUGUUUAAAGGAACAUGAGUGUAGAAAGAGUUUUGUACUUCUAAAAUUGUUAGACGGUAUUCGUGCACUGUGCACAUUUUACUUCCCAAAUCCCAAGUAGUUUCAGAAAAAAAUUAAACAAACCA